CUGGAAGGAAAACUACUCCGCUUAAAACGUUCUCCAGAGGAAACGCCAUUUAACUCGUCGAAGUAAAGAGAUGUUUCUGUCUGAGUCUGAGGAUGAAUUGGAAGAGCCCCACUCGGAUAUGGACUCUGAGAGCGAAAGCAGUUUGGACGACGAGGAAUAUGUUCCGGGGGGGCUGGCCCGAGGAUCCGUUCAGGAUGACUUCAGUGAUGAGGACAGUUCAGACGAGGAGUGGGAUAGUAAACCUAAGAGAAGAGUUUCCAGGAAGCGCUGCCGCUCUGUUUCUGCUUCACCGGUGUCAUCACCCCUGAAAUCCCCCUCUCGGAAGCAUGAAAAGAGUCCAUGCAGAAAGAAGCAACACUAUGCAUCUACACCCAAAAAAAAUACCUCUACCCCAAACAGUGGCAAGACAUUAUCCUCUCCACGGGGGAAAAACAAGAGCAGUAAGCCAGUAGAAAAAAAGGUUGUGAGAGAGGAAGAGGAUGAGGUCGAUGGAGAUCGGUGGUGUAACAUUGAUGAGGAAGAUGUUGAGCCUCUUCAGCCACGGUUCAGACCUGACAGAGAUGUAGGACCGCAGCUGAACAGAACAGCUAACUACACGCCACUCGAACUGUUUCAGCUGUUCUUCUCUACGACAGUAAUCAAAACUCUGGUAAAAAACACCAAUAUCUACGGGAAAAAGAAAUACCAAGGCCAUAAGGAAAGCUGGGUGCCUGUCACAUCAGCCGAUAUGUACUCCUUUAUCUGCCUUGUCCUCUACAUGGGUAUUGUACCUCUUAAAACUCUGAGAGAGUUCUGGCGAGGAUCUAAGCUGUUUAGCUUACCAUUUCCUGCUUCUGUCAUGUCCUCCAGACGCUUUCUAGCCAUCUCCCGCAGCCUACACAUGAACGAUCCUGCAGUAGAAGCGGCCAAUGAACAGAAGAAAGGGACAUCAGGGUAUGACCGGCUUUGCAAGAUAAAGCCACUCUAUGGGCAGAUUUUGGAGGCCUGCUACACUUUCUUUCAUCCCCACCAGCAUAUCUCCAUAGAUGAAAGGAUGGUGGCAAGCAAAGCAAGAAUCGGAUUUAAGCAGUACAUCAAAAACAAGCCUACAAAAUGGGGCUUUAAGCUUUUUGUUUUAGCAGAUUCAUCGUGUGGCUACACCUUAAACUUUUUUGUUUAUGUGGGAAGAGAAAGCAUGUCCUCAGGGAAGGGGGUAAGCUAUGACGCUGUGAUGAGACUGCUAAAAAUCCCCUUUCUGGGUAAAGGAUACAAGCUAUACAUGGACAACUUUUACACUAGUCCAACUCUUUCCCUUGACCUCCUUCAGAAAAAAAUCUGGUCUUGUGGCACGCUUCGCUCUAAUGUAGCAGGGUACCCUAGAACGAAAAGGAAUGCCAUGCCUGAGAAAACACCAAGAGGAACUCUCCGGUGGAUCAGGAAAGGACGGUUGCUGUUUGUGAAGUGGUUAGACACCCGGGAGGUUACAAUGUGUUCUACUUUACACAAGGCUUACAGCAAUGAAAUGGUGAAGCGGAAAGUGAAAGACGCCGAUGGACAGUGGACACUGAAAGAAGUGCCCGUCCCAGGCUGCAUCAAAGAUUACAACAAGCACAUGGGGGGUGUUGACUUGUCAGAUGCCCUCAUUAGCUACUACAAUGUCCUCCAUAAAACCCACAAAUGGUACAAGACUCUUUUUUAUCAUUUUGUGGACAUAGCCACCGUGAAUGCCUUCAUCUUGCACAAAGGAAUAUGCAAACUGCAGAAUCGGCGCAUGUUGACGCAGAAAAACUUCAGGGAACAACUGAUUGUGUCCCUGGCUGAGGUUGGGUCAACUCCAACACGGUCAGGCCCACAAAACUUUAUGUUGCCUGCCUCUCCUUUCAAAGUGCCUCCUGCUUCUCCAUCCAAUGUACCGGCCAAUACACCUCCGUGCCCAUCGGCUAAGCCAGCUGCUCCAGGUGUAGGUCACCUGCCAGCUUACUUUGUUGAGCAAAUGACCAAUGUGGCCCCCAGGUAUCGGGCCACAGCUGGCAGAAGGGCGUGCGUGGUCUGCAAGAGAAAGUCGCCAGUCUAUUGCAGCACAUGUCAAAAAACACUUUGUUUCACUACGUUAAGGAACUGUUAUAGUGAAUGGCACAGAAGCAAUGGUAUUUGUGUGUAAGUGACAAAACUGAUUUGGAUAUAGUGCGUAUAGAGGGCCCUAUGAUAGGCAGGGGGACAUAAUUAGCCAAUUUUUACAAGUUUUAGAUAAACAUGUUCCUUUGAUUACAAAAACUGAUGAAAUGUCAACUGCCUUAUGCUACCCCAUACGUUUUUGUUACCAUGAUUACACUGAGUACUUAAAAAGGCCUAUGCAAAUGGUCUCUAAGUACCAAACUUAAGGAACUAGAAUAAUGGCCUUAAAAGUGUGCUCAAUGAACUGGAAGACACUCUACUAAAAGGAUUAUUCUACACAUCAAUUUUUACUGGCAAAAUUAACUGUCAAAAUUAAAGUACUCCCACGGCUCUAGUAUCUGUUCCAGUCAUUACUCCUUACACAUUUAAAUAUAUCAAACGGUCUCAGAAACUCUUAAAAAUAACAGAAAUGUAUAGCUGCAACAUGUCACCGUCUGGAAAACAGCCAUCUCGGAGUAGCAACCGUAAAGCAUUAAAAAGAAAACACACAAUUGAAAAGAAAUCUCCCAGCAUCAUGAACAGAUAGACAUCUAUGUACCACUGCCUGGAACACUGCUGUGAACAUUAGAGAUGUGUGAUAGAGACAACAAGAUGUCAGAAGAUAAUGGCGAAAUUAUCUAAUGUUAACAAUAUCCCUUAGAUUUGGUUAUGUCACAGCUGUGGAAUAUUGAUGAUUAUCAACAGAAAAAAACAACACAUAUUGUGCUUCCCUUAUGAACAUCAAUACCUCAUGUUGUCUUUUUUGUUAUCUGUUAACAAGAUCAUUAUCUAAUCUUUAAUUUGGGAAGUUCGUUUAGAGUCAUUUCAAGAAUCAAUGGAAGACAGUUAAAAUGUUUACAUGUGCAUUUGUUUAACAAAAACGACAUUUUUCCUGGUUAAGAUCUUUGUUGAUGUGAACAUGAGUCAUUUGUUAUGCUGCUGUUACUUCUCCAGGUUUUGGUACAGCUCUACCUCAGCAGUUUGGUUUGUUGUUCAAUAACUAUUGCCUCCUCAUGUUCAUUUCUUACUACCAAUAUAUUGUCACUGAAGUUGUGGACUCAUCAGUAUUGCAGAUACAGUUAUACACUGGAGUACACUUUUUUCAAAAGGUUUCUUCGCUUCGUAUUGGUAUUACUGAGGCUCAGAUAUAUACAAAAAACAGCAUAUAAAGCUGAACUUUUGUACUUACAAGCAUGCUGUUUUGUUACCUCAUCAAGUCUACCUGACUUCACAGUAGUGGUGGGCAGAUCGAUCUAAAAUAUCGAUGUAUCGAUACCAGCAUUGGUAUCAUUAUCGAUCAAUACUUGCGCCAUGAGAUCGAUACUUAAGUUUCAGUACACUUCUUCCUUUAUAUCAUACUGAUUGUGCAUGUGCAAACACCGCUCAUCUCCCUCUGCCCCUCCCCUGGUUAUACUGUGAGUGUUGCUGCCAUGGAGUCACUUGACCCAGCAGUGCACUGAUGGCUGCAUGAUGGCAGAGAGGAAGAGGAGCACUGUUUGGUUUUAUUUAUUUGCAGAUCAAAACACUGCAAGCUGCGAUGUUUGCAGAAAAAAAACAAGAUACUGUGGCAACACCACACAUGUACAAACACCUGAAAACCCACCCUAAAGAGAACUUAAUUUUCAUUAAAAUGUGCAUAUUGAUGACACAUUGCUGUCCCCUUUCCAAAAGUAGAUUAGCUGUUUUUCUAAGUAAAAAGUAUUGGUGUCGGCAAUACUGGCCUCUAUGUACUUGGUAUCGGAUCGAUACCAGAUGUUGCCCUACCCUACUUCACAGAAAUGACACCAAUACUUUUACAUGCAUCUAAAUUGUACAAUUGUUUGUGAAUAUGUAAAGAGUUCUCUGCAACAAUAGCAGAGUAUGAAAGCAUUCUGUACUGUACAAUGAACGACUUUUACCUCGGUCACAAUCUUCAAUACUUCUCCAACUCUUCCAAAGUUAUUUCAAAGUGCCUCUUCUGUUGAUAAACGUCUUUCUUUUUUUUUACAAUACUCUUUUGAAUGCUGUAUGUACUGUACGUGUUUGUGGGUAGGAAGGAUUUGGAAUAGCCUUUGUCUGUGUUUCUGUAAAAAAUAAACUUUUA